AUGGUCAGUGCAACAGUAAUGAAGGCUCUCGUCGGGGCUGAGUCCGGCGGCUACCUGCUCGACGAUGUCGAAAUACCCGUCCCAGAGCCAGGAAUGAUGCUUUGCCAAGUUCAUGCGGUCGCCCUGAGCCCGUACGACGCAAAGAUAGUAAACUAUUCGAAUACGCCUGGUGCAGUGGGCGGUUGUGACUUCGCGGGUAUAGUCGUUGGUGUGGGUGAAGGGGUUACGCGGUUCAAGGAGGGCGACCGUGUCCUUGCCGUGACCUUUGGACUUAACGCCUCAGACAAGACGGCGGGCGCUUUCGCUGAGUAUGCGCUGGCGACUGGAGGACUUGAGCUGCCAUAUCCCGUGCAAUUUUACCUUCGAGCAGGGAUGCUCAUUGGGACUUGUUUGCUUCGACUACCGUUCCUCCACAUGCGGUGCCGCAUCCGCGAAUACACCGACAACAUCCUGUCUGUUUUGAACUGCGUAACCGAUGCGCCAACAAUGCGGAUGUGUUAUGAGGCGAUUGGCUCUUCCGGUGGCACAUACAUUGCCCUUGAAGCCGUCACCCAAGUCGUCGAAUACACGCGGAGAGAUGUCCGGGCCGACUGGCUGAUGACUCCUACCAUUACGGGAACCCCAGUCGUGGUUCCGGGCUUAUAUGGGCGCCCUAGCACCCCGGAGCACAGGGAAUUUGGGGCAAAAUCUUUUCUGCUAGCAGAGAAAUUAUUGAAGGACGGCGAACUCAAGAAUCAUCCCCUGGAUAUAAGGGACGGGGGCUUGGCGAAGAUCCCUACAUAUGUGAAUGAUCUGCGUGUUGGGAAUGUGCGAGGCAAGAGAAUGAUCGUGCCGUUGGUUGAUGCGUAG